AUGCCUCUUAUCAUUCCUGAAUUUUUUAUUGAAUAAGAUGAAAAGUACAUCAUAAUCAAACUUAAAUUGCCUUAUGUUAAACCUACUAAAUCAGAAUUUAAUAUGAUGGGUAAGUAAUUUAGUUUUUUUCUGAAACCUUACUUACUCUAAUUAACUUUUAAUGAAUUCCUUAAAGAUGCUGAAUAACCAGCAAAAGCUGUAUAUGAUCCAGAAAUAUGGAGUUUAAAAGUGUAUUUAGAAAAAUUGAAUAUUGGAGAACAUUUUACUGAGCUUGAUAUGAUUGGACUUCUUAUGAAUAAAAAAUCUAAAAAAAAUAAAUAAUUUAAAGGAUAACUCAUAGAAGUUAUAGAAAGUACUAAUGAUAAACAAGAAAGUUAAAAUAUUGAUUAAAAUUAAGAUGAAUAAUAAGAAGGAUAUGUGAAUCCAUACUGUUAUGGAUUCAAUAAUUAAUAUAAAGAUGUGUUUGAUGAUUUAGAAGAAGAAUUAUAUGAAAUUGCUAUUCUAGAUCCUAAAUAAAUAGCUAAAUAAGAUAGAAAAUCAUUAGCUUUUUAAUUUAUUUAAAAAUAAUUUGAUAAAGAUACUUAUUUGUAUGAUUUGCUUGAAAAUGAGUAAGUGGAUGAAAUAUUAAUUUAUGAAUUCAAAUUUCAAUAAUAAUUCAAUAUAGAUGAAAUCAAUUAAAUUAGUAAACUUGGUAAAAGAGAAUAUCUUAUUGAAAAUAAAGAAUAUUGUUUAUUUGGAAUUAUAGAUAUCUUAUUUGCAUUUUUAUAUGAGAAUAGUUUAUUUUAAGGAGAUUUAAAUUUAGAAUCUGCAAUAACUAUCAAUUAGCUUAGUUCUUAAUUUUAAGCAUUCUAUAUAGAGAAUGACUUGGAAAAUGUUUUGAUUAAUAAUUAUUAAAGAGCUCUUACAUUUCCAAUGAUUCGAAGUUUUGAAAUCUGUGUUAAAACCAAAAACCUAUUAAUUGAGGUUCUUUAAAAUAAAAUAUAAAUUAUUAAAAUCUUGCUUGCAGUAGAAGGACUUUUUGCAAAAGCAAAACCUAGAAAUUACUUAAAUUUAAUUUAUCUUUAAGAUUAUAUUGUUUGGGCAUAAAGCAUUAAGGAAGAGGAUUUAUAAACUUUAUCAAAACAAAUCAAGAAAUUAAAAAUAGAUAAAUCUCAGCUCUAAUUGAAUAUUCCAAUUAUUGAAAAUGAAGCAAUCUAAUAAUUUUAAGAAUGA